GCUGAAUCAACACGACCGUUCAUCUGAGUCAUUGCUUUGCAGACUGGUGACUUUGUUAACAAAAGCAGGAUUCAAUCCACGGUGUUCCCCACUGACAUGACGCGCAUCCAGAUGCGACACGCUUCUGGGUGCACCACAGGGGAAAGCAAUUGAGCUGGAGCCGUUGCAGACAUGCCUGUGAGGACAUGACCGUGGUCCGUGAGUCGGCAUAAUGUCGCCGAUCCUAGUGCAUCAGAACUAUCGGAAACAACAUACCGACCUCCCAUGUGAUCAUGUUGGCCCUCAUGAGGGACCCAGCAAUUAGUCCCCUCUUGCCCCAGACAGAUUACAGACAAACCUGCUCCAAACACAUAAUAUAAUGGGACGGAAGAAAAUACAGAUUUCUCGGAUUCUUGACCAGCGGAAUCGACAGGUGACAUUUACCAAGCGCAAAUUUGGUCUGAUGAAAAAAGCCUACGAGCUGAGCGUGUUGUGCGACUGCGAGAUUGCUCUCAUCAUCUUCAACAGCACGAACCGUCUCUUCCAGUACGCCAGCACUGAUAUGGACAAAGUGCUGCUGAAGUACACCGAAUACAGUGAACCUCACGAGAGCCGUACAAAUACUGACAUACUAGAGACUUUAAAAAGGAAAGGACUGGGGAUGGAUAGUUCUGAGCUCGAUCAGGAAGACAGCAUGGUGAUGGGGACAGAGAAAUAUCAGCUCAGCGAUGGCAUGGACCUCUCAAUCUCUCGCCAGCGCUAUUACGCUCCUUCACUCCUCCCCACAGAAGCUCAGAUGAUGGGUGCGAGUAGUGAGAAUGGCUACACCAACUCCUUGAAUCCAAACCAAGGGGCCCAACGGACUCAAUCCUACAAACCUCUGUGCACCAGGCCUUGGUCAGCUGGUUCUGCUGGAUCAAACUCCCAUACAGCUCUUGUGGGACCACAUGCAGGUCUGGGCUACUCGAUGUUCUCCCAUGGCAACCUGAGCAGGGCGUUGGAGAUAAAGACACCGCCUCCUCUGAGUAUGACCAGUGAUGGACGGCGCCUUGAUGCGCAGGCUGGACUGUGUGGAACCCACAACAAUUUGGCAAAUGCUGUGAGAGAGUCUACCAAAAGAGCGCUGUAUCAUAGUAUGCAUGCCGGUGGCCACAUGAUGGCGAUGGGGAAGACAGGCUUACUGGGCCACAAUCUAGGGAACUACGGGGCCUCAGACUACAGCCACCCAGGUUACACUGUGGGUUUUCAGCGUAAUUCAAUGAAUACUUGGCAACCUGUGCCUCAUCAGGAUGCCCAGCAGUCAAUGGUUAGCCCUGGGAUUGCCUCAGGAGGAAACUGCUCAUACACUUCCCAGUGCUCCUCCCCCUCCUCCCCACCACACCCCUCCCUCAACAUGACCAUCAAAUCAGAACGCACCUCUCCUGAGCGCACGCUCUCGGCCACGCCCCCCGGCCAUCACAUGGUACAGCACUCACCAAUGGAAGAGCCCAAAGUGACGAGCCACACAACUGCAGAAGAAAAUACGGCUAUGGAGAGACAGCACGGUCCACCUGGAGACCCUGGAGAAGAGAAAAGCGACCAGCCUCUGAAACAACCCAGGAUCAGUAAUGGAUGGAUAAGAUAACUAGUUGCCCAAGCCUCUUCAGCACAAAUGUAUGGCUCUCUACGCUGUAAAACGUGGAUAGGUGCAGUUUUUACCUUAAAGGGAUAGUUCACCCAAAAAUGAAAACUCUCUCAUCAUUUACUCACCCUCAUGCCAUCCCAGGUGUGUAUGCCUUUCUUUCAUCUGCUGAACGCAAACAAGCGAAGGGGUCCAAAACUUUGAUGGUCCAAAAAGCACAUAAAGGCAG